AUGGGUCCCGCUUCUGCGGGUAACCUACGAGUAAAAGGAGAAAACUUUUAUCGGGAUGCAAAAAAAGUAAAAUUCGUUAAUAUGCUAAAAGGUGGAACUGCUAAACGUAAUAGUAAAGGAAAAAUUAUUAAAGAUGCGCCGUUUCAAAGUCGUAUUAAGCCUAUUGCUAGAAUUCAACCAGAUAGGCGGUGGUUUGGAAAUACUCGAGUAAUCGGCCAGAAACAAUUGGAGGAUUUCCGUGAAAGUUUAGGAGCUAAAGUUAAUGAUCCAUAUCAAGUUUUAUUACGACAAAAUAAAUUACCUAUGACUUUACUCGCCGAUGCUGCCAAGGUGACUAGAAUGCAUAUGUUGGAGACCGAAACAUUUUCAAACACAUUUGGACCAAAAGCACAGCGAAAACGGCCUAAAAUAAAAGUUGAUUCGCUAGAGGAGUUACUCAAUAGUACUAAAGAAUCGUUGGAAGGUUACAAUGAAAAAAACGACCCGUCAUUGUUAUCCAAUAUUAACACAGAUUGGAUAGAUGAGGCUCGGGAUAGUUUGUUCUCAAAAGGUCAAUCAAAACGUAUUUGGAAUGAACUGUACAAGGUUAUCGAUUCUUCAGAUGUUGUAAUUCACGUGCUAGAUGCACGUGAUCCAAUUGGAACACGAUGCAAGAACGUGGAACAAUAUCUGAAAAAGGAAGCCAGUCAUAAACAUUUGGUGUUCCUUUUGAAUAAGUGUGAUCUUGUUCCUACUUGGGUCACGGCAAAAUGGGUGGCAGUGUUAUCGCAAGAGUAUCCAACGCUCGCAUUCCACGCAAGCAUUAACAACUCUUUUGGUAAAGGAUCUUUAAUACAGUUACUACGUCAAUUCGCAUCAUUGCAUUCUGACAAAAAGCAAAUAAGCGUCGGUUUCAUUGGAUAUCCAAAUACCGGCAAAAGUUCAAUAAUCAAUACAUUACAAAACAAGAAAGUGUGUAACGUCGCACCGAUUCCUGGCGAGACUAAAGUUUGGCAAUACAUUACUCUUAUGAAGCGUAUAUAUCUGAUUGAUUGUCCUGGGAUUGUACCACCCUCACUCGAAGAUACAGAAACUGAUAUCGUGAUGAAAGGUGUUGUGAGAAUAGAAAAUCUAAAGACACCCGAAGAUUAUAUAAUUGAAGUGCUCAAACGGGUUCGUAAAGAUUAUAUUCAACGAACAUAUGAAAUUAGUGAAUGGGAAGAUCAUAUCGAUUUUCUUGGACAAUAUGCACAAAAGACUGGCAAACUGUUAAAGAAAGGCGAGCCAGACAUUCAUACUGUUUCAAAAAUGAUAUUAAAUGAUUGGCUUCGAGGUAAAAUACCAUAUUUUACACUGCCGCCUUCGGAUGAGAAAGAGAGAGAAGAGGAAAGCAUAAAGGAGGAAAAAAAACAACCAAAAGGUGUCGAACAAAUAUUUCAUAAUAUUCAAGUCUCAGCUGAUUUUCUCCCCGAUGAUUUGAGAAAAGACUCGGAAGUUACCACAUCUGAUGGCAUUUCUUACUGUUACGAUAAAAGUGAUGUUAUCGAAGAGAAUAUCAAAGAUGAAACGAAGGGUCAAGAUGAAAGUGAGGUUGUUGAUUGGGAUGAAAUAUUUCAAAGUGUUGUUGGAAAAGAAGCUUCUGAAAUGGAUGGAAUAGUAACCAGUGAUCCAGGAAACAAGAACUAA